GACUUCACUUUUCACCUUUUUCAUCGAUCAAUCCACGGCCACCGGUACUACUCGCCGGCGGCGUCGCCUCGGACCCAUCACUUUAUAAACACACGUUUCUUCUCUUCCUUUCCAUCAUCUCUCUCUCCCACAAUCCCUGUCACACAAUCUUCCCCCAAAUUUUUGCCGUCUGUGUGUUGGUAUUCACGCAUGAGUAGGCGGAGGACGUGCGUUUCGCCAUCAGUGUUUGCUUUACUUUUCAACAACAAGUUCUGAGUCUGAAACUGUUCAUACCCAUACGAUAUAUGCCCAAGAUUCCUGCCAUUAAUGGUUCUGUAAAGCGUCUAUAUCUUUCCUCUUUACGUACAAGUCGUGUGGUAUUCAUAUUCACCGGAGACAGUUGUAAUUCUGUUUGCUUCGUGUUGUUAGUUUGUUACUCAAUUGAGUUUAAGCAAUUCAAAGCGAAAUUGAAGUUAUUCCUACAGUAAUCCUACCGAAAAACUCUCGAAUCGUGAAGAUAUAAUUGAUAAAUUGAAUAUGUUGACGUGUAUAGCUUGUUCGAAGCAGAUUAAUGGCGGAUCUCUGAACGAACAGGAAGAUGGAGACACCGCUGCUACGCCUAGAACCAAACAAGCCAUUAAAAACCUCACAUCGCAGAUCAAGGAUAUUGCGUUGAAGGCAUCAGGAGCAUACAAAAACUGCAAACCUUGCUCUGGAUCGUCUAACAACAAUCCGACUAACCGGCGGUGUUAUACGGACUCUGAAGGUGGAUCAGUAUCUGGCAGGUUUUUUUGCGGGUACCAGAGAACCGGCAAUUCGACACCUAAGGUUUGGGGUAAGGAAAUGGAGGCGAGACUCAAGGGGAUUUCGAGCGGUGCGAGUACUCCGGCGUCGGUGAGCGGCCGAACUGAGUCGGUUGUGUUUAUGGAGGAAGACGAGCUUAAGGAAUGGGUUGCUCAGGUGGAACCAGGUGUUCUCAUAACAUUUGUGUCACUGCCUCAUGGUGGCAAUGAUCUAAAGCGUAUUCGUUUCAGUAGUAUUUUGGUGUGUAUUAUCAGUCGCGAAAUGUUCAAUAAAUGGCGAGCUCAGCGAUGGUGGUCGGAGAACUGCGAGAAGAUUAUGGAGUUGUACAAUGUUCAACGGUUUAAUCAGCAAGGAGUACCAUUACCAUCUCCACCAAGAUCCGAAGAUGAGAGCUCAAGAACGGAGUCCGUCGAGAAUAGCCCAGUAACGCCACCACUUAGCAAGGAGCGGCCACCGCGGAACUUCUACCAUCCCGCUGGAAUUGGAAUAGGAUACUCGUCAUCUGAUUCACUUGACCAACACCCCAUCCGACCCACCCAUGAAUCUAGUAAUCCGCCUAAACUCUCGAGCAUAAGUGGAGCCAAGACAGAGACAUCAUCAGUGGAUGCUUCUGCAAGAACAAGUUCAUCUCGAGAGGUUGAUCAAUCUGGAGAGCUUUGUUUGAGCAAUGCAAGUGAUCUGGAAACCGAAUGGGUGGAGCAGGACGAGCCCGGCGUCUACAUUACAAUCAGAACACUGCCAGGUGGCAUUCGGGAGCUUAGGCGUGUCCGAUUCAGCCGAGAACGGUUUGGUGAGAUGCACGCGAGGAUGUGGUGGGAACAAAACAGAGCCCGAAUACAACAACAGUACCUGUGAGUUUGAAGAGAUGUGAUUAUAUAGCUAUCCAUCUUUUUGCUACGUGAAGCCUAGAAGGCCAUCUUGCAGCUGGUAAUCUAAGCUUCAAAUAUAUUUUAUUCUAUCUUUUUUUUUUUCCUUCUCUAAAAGGGUAAUUAAGUAGCUCGGGGCCAAGACCGAACGAGUGUUGUUCGUGCUAUCGGGCUAUCACUUGUUGUAAAACAUUGUAUUAAGUU